CCGGCGCGGGCGCCCAGCGGUUGGCGGGGCGGUGCCCUCGGCGGAAAGGACGUAUCAGCGGACAUACGCCUUGUGGCGCAGGCGCAGCUGCGUCCUGAGACUCCGGGCCCAGAAAGCUUCGCUCCGGAGAUUAUUACCGCCCGGGGACGGGUCCUCGGCCCUGCCCCCUCGCGACCGACGAGCCAACGGAGGAGGACUCUGACGGUUGCUAAGGGAAACCGCUAGCGGCAAGAUGGCAGCCUCCGGCGAAGGGAGGCUGAGCGGCCGCCGGCCGCGCCGGGACCCACGGGGGCGGCCGCCGCUCGACGGUUACGGUGUCUACAUAUACCCAAAUUCUUUCUUUCGAUACGAAGGAGAAUGGAGAGGAAGGAAGAAGCAUGGUCAGAUUCCUGCAGCCAGCACUUCGCAACUGACAGCCCAUCUCCUGGGGAGUCAUGGGAAGCUGCUGUUUAAAGAUGGAAGUUAUUAUGAAGGCGAGUUUGUAGAUGGAGAGAUCACGGGAGAAGGCUGCCGGCACUGGGCCUGGUCAGGGAACACCUAUUCUGGACAGUUUGUCCUGGGAGAGCCUCAGGGACAUGGUGUCAUGAAGUACAAAGCCGGUGGACACUAUGAAGGGGAGCUGUCCCAUGGAGUGAGAGAGGGACACGGGUGUCUGGUGGACCCGGACGGACAGACAUACUGGGGGUCAUUCCAUGACAACAAGCGGCAUGGCCGUGGGCGGAUGGCCUUCCGGAAUGGUGACACAUAUGAAGGCGACUGGGUCUGGGAUCAGCGUCAGGGGCACGGGGUGCUCUGCUGCGCCAACGGCUCCACCUACAAGGGACAGUGGCAUGGCGAUGUCUUCAGUGGACUGGGCAGCAUGAUCCACUGCUCCGGGGUCGUCUACCAUGGGAUGUGGAUCAAUGGCCACCCAGUGGCACAAGCCACAAGGAUGGUGAUUUUGGGUCCGGAGGUGAUGGAGGUGACCCCAGGGUCUUCGUUGGAGUUGAACGUUCAGCUGCAGCAGGACAAUGGCGAGGUCGCCAAGGGUGAGAACGGACGGGUUCUGAAGAUCUCAGCGGGCGUCAGGCACGUGCAACUGCCGGCAUACUCGGAGGUCAGCUUCUCCAAAGUGGACGGAGACAGCCAAGAGAUGCCCGUCCAGAGCCCGCUGGGCUUCGAGCACAUCACCUAUCCAUUGUCCAGCCCCACGUCUGGGGGCCCAGAGCCCAGAGCUGCCCUGGAAAGUGCCGGAGCCAACUCACUGCCCCCCAAGGAAGACCUGGCGUCAGCACUGGCAUCAGACACCUUGUGUGGCCGGGGUAACACCCCCAACAGCCUGCCUGGCAAGAGACACGAGCCCGGCUGGCCUGAGGACUGUCAGCGCGUGGAAAACGGCUGUGCCCGGUUCUUGGACAUCCGCCUUGGGCCCUGUCCACCCGCAUACCACCCUGUCUUCUUCUUCAAUGGCUUCCCCCAGAAGGCAGGCAGCGGACCCAGAGGCAGCCCGGGCAAGACGAUGGCCACCGAGCAGGACCCUCCAGGAGGCAGCAGGCCCACCGGUGCCGCCGCGGCUCCGCAAGCAGCAGCGUUCCCAGGCGAGUAUGUCAUCAUGAUCCACGACGUGACCAGCCCUCCAUUCCUGGGCCGGACGCUGCCCACCGCCUUCAAACACCUUCGGGUCACGGGGAAGGGGGCAGGCCAGCAGCCCCAGGCCCCUGGAGAAGGCCGUGAAGCCCUGGGCUAGGGGGCCGCCCUGAAGACCUGGACCGCGGCCUCUGGACAGCUGCGCUCUUCUGAAGGGAAGUGCUGCCUGGCUCCCGGACGCCGUCCCCACUUCCCCAUGUGCCCUGCGGCCCUGGCUUCAAUAAUGUUCUCAUCACUGGCUUUGGAGAUGUCUCACCCCAACGAGGCAGCCCCCUACCA